AUGACCCCUCUUCUUAGCUCUCUUAUAGUAAGCGCUGGUCUAGCAGCGGCAGCCAAGACCAACAAUUUCCCACUUCCUGAAGGCUACCACCGUUACGCACCUCGCUCAAACGAGAUUAAAUGGGGGGCAUGUUCUAGUAGCUCGGUCACCGGUCGUGAAUGUGCUCGCUUUGAGGUCCCACUUGAUUGGCAUAACGCAACAGCCGGCAAAGCAUCUCUUGCGCUUGCUCGGUACAAGGCGAUCAACAAGCCGAAAUUGGGUACUCUAUUCACCAACCCGGGUGGACCAGGGGGUAGUGGUGUGGCUUCUGUUUUGGGCGAAAGCGCAGAUCUUCUGAUGACUGCUUCCGGUGGUCGGUAUGACAUUGUCAGCUGGGAUCCACGUGGUGUCGGGGAUACCGUGCCCCUAGCCGAAUGCUUCAAGACAGGGACGGAAGAGAAGAACUUCUGGAAGGGCACCAUUGCCAGCUCGGGGCUGGAGGCGGGCGGAAACUUUACCGACAAACGUGACCUGGAUACGUUCUAUGGUCAAGUGGAUGAAAUAGAUUCAUUACUUAAGAAGCUUGGGCGCAAAUGUAUCGAGUACAGCCCGGAUACGUUCAAAUAUAUUGGUACUGCGGCGGUGGUUCGCGACAUGGUUGCGGUUCAUGAUAUACUCGAAGGUAAAGAAAAGGCGAUUAACUAUUGGGGAAUAUCAUAUGGGACUGUGAUCGGGUCCUACUUUGUUAAUAUGUUUCCCAAUCGCGUUGGACAAAUCGUGUUGGACGGUGUCGUCGAUCCCGUAUAUUGGGCCAAUCGUCCCCCUCAUUUAUUAUGGGAUGUUUCCCUCAUCUCAAGUGACGAGGCGUUUGAUGGAUUUUGCAGCGCAUGUGCCCUUGCCGGUCCUUCGGGGUGUGCGAUAGCAAAGGAGAAUUCUACAGCAUCCAGUGUUCGUCAAUGGACACAGGAACUGCUCGAUAAAGCCUACGAGCACAAGAAGACACUUGGUUCCAAGGCAAAAGUAACUUCUGCAGAGAUCCGAAGUUUCCUUUUCGACUCUAUGUAUGCCCCAAAGUACUGGCAAUAUACUGCCCAAGAACUUGCAUACUACCAUGAUAUACUUUCGGACACAAAGUCCUUCGCCAACGCAAGUCACGUAAGGCGUACUCCUAUCACAUUGCGUCGUGGCAACAAUAAUACCAGUGCUGGGGCUAUAACUGCAAGUGACAUUGCCCCGAACUACUCCUUCCAAGGCGUAACUUGUGCGGACGCGAUUGAUGCCAACAAUGUUACGACUAAAGACGUGUUUGAUAUGCUGGUCAACACCACACGGAAUGUCAGCCCGAUGUUUGGUCCUAUUUGGGGCGACGCUGGAUUCUACUGCCACCACUGGCCUGCAAGUUAUUUAAAGAUCUCAAGUCGCCAUCCCACCGCUAACCGCCUACUAGGCAACGAAGCGGAUCCAAUCACACCUCUCGUCGGUGCAAAGAACGUUGCUGAUGCUUUGGGUAACUCCGCUGCCCUAAUCGAACAGGAUGACUAUGGGCACUCUUCCCUUGCAAUGCAUUCAAACUGUACCGUGGCCGCUCUUCAAAACUAUUUUGUGGAUAACAAACUUCCGACUCAAGAUCUUUUCUGCGGAACAAACCAAGUUCUCUUCCCGACAAAUGGGGGAGCCAUUACCAAGAAAAUAGUAGAUCGAACGAAAUUGGCCUCAAACGCCAAGGCAGUGAAGUCAUCUUAA